UUUUUUUUUUUCUUUUUCUCCCCACAGGAAUCAAGCAUGAUGGGACUAUGUGUGAUACUUGUCGACAGCAACCCAUCAUUGGCAUCCGAUGGAAAUGUGCUGAAUGCACAAAUUAUGACUUGUGCACAGUUUGCUACCAUGGGGACAAACAUCACUUGAGGCAUCGGUUUUACAGAAUUACUACACCAGGAAGUGAAAGGGUAUUGUUGGAGUCUCGCCGUAAGUCAAAGAAAAUUACAGCAAGAGGAAUCUUUGCAGGUGCCAGGGUGGUGCGAGGAGUUGACUGGCAAUGGGAAGAUCAAGACGGUGGCAAUGGGCGUAGAGGAAAGGUAACUGAAAUCCAAGAUUGGAGCGCGUCUAGUCCGCAUAGCGCAGCAUAUGUUCUUUGGGACAAUGGUGCUAAAAACCUUUACAGAGUCGGCUUUGAGGGCAUGUCUGACCUGAAAUGUGUCCAAGAUGCAAAAGGAGGCUCUUUCUACAGGGACCAUUGUCCUGUGUUAGGUGAGCAAAAUGGUAACAGAAACCCUGGUGGGCUGCAAAUAGGUGACCUUGUAAACAUAGACCUUGACUUGGAAAUUGUACAGUCUUUGCAGCAUGGUCAUGGAGGAUGGACCGAUGGCAUGUUUGAAACUUUAACAACAACUGGAACAGUGUGUGGCAUUGAUGAGGAUCAUGACAUUGUAGUACAGUAUCCAAGUGGCAACAGGUGGACAUUUAAUCCAGCUGUUCUCACCAAAGCCAAUGUUGUCCGAAGCGGAGAUGCCGCUCAAGGUGCGGAAGGAGGUACCUCUCAAUUUCAAGUGGGUGACCUUGUUCAAGUAUGUUAUGACUUGGAGCGAAUCAAGCUUCUUCAGAGAGGUCAUGGAGAGUGGGCUGAAGCAAUGCUUCCAACUUUAGGUAAAGUCGGUCGGGUCCAGCAGAUCUAUUCAGACAGUGACUUAAAGGUAGAAGUUUGUGGGACAUCUUGGACGUAUAAUCCAGCAGCUGUCUCAAAGGUGGCAUCAGCAGGAUCUGCUAUAAGUAAUGCAUCUGGCGAGAGAUUGUCCCAGCUAUUGAAGAAAUUAUUUGAAACCCAAGAAUCUGGAGAUCUCAAUGAAGAAUUGGUUAAAGCUGCUGCCAAUGGAGAUGUUGCUAAAGUGGAAGACUUGCUAAAGAGACCAGAUGUAGAUGUGAAUGGACAAUGUGCUGGACACACAGCUAUGCAAGCUGCUAGUCAGAACGGCCACGUCGACAUUUUGAAGUUGCUCCUGAAACAGAAUGUGGAUGUAGAAGCAGAG